GUAUUAAUUCUGCAUUCACGCCUACGAUCCCUGCUGUCCUCGCGGCACACACGGCACAGCACAACCCCUCAACAAGAGACUCCAACUGUGCGGAGGCGGAUAUCGAGGUAUCACUGCCCUAACACCAUGUUUGAAUAUUUCAGUCAUCAUACCUGAUCGUCCGACAAGCAUUUCGCCGGUAUCAAGGACCUUUUCACUCAUCCAACAAAGGAUCUGAACCCGGUGCCAAAGGGUCUAUUAUCCACUAUGCGUGCCAGUAAGCCUGCGCUUCUCCGGAGAGUCGGUCUAAAUGCAUCAAGCCGGCUCCAAUACCUCACAAGACCCAAGCCACUUUUCCGCCCGAACACGAUAUCGACACGAUCAAUAUCGACAUCAGCUACAGCUCCAGCAGCCAUCGUUGCGGAGAAUCCCACCAAGCAAACUCCGCCUCCUCCCACAGCCUUCACAUACGGCGCGUACCAGAAGGUCGGUGGCCCGAAUGCCAAAUCCGUGUAUCGAAUUCGCAUUCCCAAAUUCGAAUCUCUCGAAGCCGAGCGCGCUUUCCGCAAACUCCACCACGCUGCCGCCCUGCGAUGGCUCGGCUACCAAGGAUACAACAAUGAAGGCGCUGGGGGUCAUGUCACAGUCCGCGACCCGAUCAUGCCCGAUCAUUUUUGGAUCAACCCGCACGGGAAGUCGUUCAGCCACAUGAGACCGGAAGAUCUCGUCCUCGUGAGCAAAGACGGCGAGGUCAAGGAAGGUGGCAACAUGCAUUCCAUCAAUCCAGCCGGGUAUAUCAUCCACGCCGCAGUCCACGAAGCAAGGCCAGACGUAGUCGCCGCGGUCCAUUGCCAUAGUGUACCAAGCAAGGCAUUUUCUGCGAUCGGUUGUAAGCUCGAGCCAAUCAACCAGGACGCUUGUCGGUUCUAUAACGACCACGGCAUAUACUCUGGCUUUGGAGGCAUCGCGUUCAAGGCCGACGAGGGGAAACAUAUCGCCCAGGCCCUAGGGAACACGAAAGGUGUCAUUCUGCAGAAUCAUGGGCACUUGACCGUGGCCAAGACCGUGGACGGUGCUGCAUUCUUGUUCGGCGCAAUGGACAGGUGCAUACAGGCUCAGUUGCUCGCGGACGCGGCGUGCGCGGGUCGUGGCACCAAGACGGUCAAAGUCGGCCACGAGGAGGCGUCGUAUACGAGGAACACGUAUAAUGACGAGAUGGUCUACAUCAUGUUCCAGUCUGCGUUCGAAGAUGUGAUUAAGGCUUCGCAUGGAGAAUUGCCGAUGCAUGUGCAGGGCGAGAUUCCGCGGGAGUAG